GAGGCGCGCCGGCGAGGGCGGGGCCGGGGCGCGGCGACCCAGCGCGCGGGGCGGGGGCCGAGGGGAGUCGCCCCGUCCCGCCGCCUCCCCACCCCCUCUCCUCUCUCCACCGGCCGGGCAGCCCAGCUCCCCGCCUCGGCCUCCCGGAGAGGCCCCGCCCCGUCCCCGCCCGCCCGCGCGCCCUCCCCGCCGGCGCGCUCCGCCCCUUUACUCCUGGCGGCGGGGCGAGCCGGGCGUCUGCUGCAGCGGCCGCGGUGGCGGAGGCCUGAGAGGAGUCGGCGGCAGCGGCGGCGGGACCGGCAGCAGAGGCACCAGCAGCAACAGCAGCAGCAGCAGCAGCGGCGGCGACAGCGGCAGCGGCAGCAGCAGCAGCGGCCGCCAGCAGCCCCCGGCCCCGCGGCCCCGCCGCCGCCCGAGCCCCACGAGCCGCCCUCCACGCCGCCUGACCCCACCGGCGCGCCCUCCCGCCGCCAGUCCCGGCAGCGCCCCCAGUUGUCCUCGGACUCGCCCUCGGCCUUCCGCGCCAGCCGCAGCGGCAGCCGCAACGCCACCCGCAGCCCCAGCGCCAGCUCCUGCGGCGGCGCCUCCAGGCACGGUCCCCGCGCCGACACCCUGGAGGUGGGGAUGCUCUUGUCCAAAAUCAACUCGCUGGCCCACCUGCGCGCCGCGCCCUGCAGCGACCUGCACGCCACCAAGCUGGCGCCCGGCAAAGAGAAGGAGCCCCUGGAGUCGCAGUACCAGGUGGGCCCGCUGCUGGGCAGCGGCGGCUUCGGCUCGGUGUACUCGGGCAUCCGCGUCGCCGACAACUUGCCGGUAGCCAUCAAACACGUGGAGAAGGACCGGAUUUCCGACUGGGGCGAGCUGCCCAACGGCACCCGCGUGCCCAUGGAGGUGGUCUUGCUGAAGAAGGUGAGCUCGGGCUUCCGGGGCGUGAUCCGGCUGCUGGACUGGUUCGAGAGGCCCGACAGCUUCGUGUUGAUCCUGGAGCGGCCCGAGCCGGUGCAGGACCUCUUCGACUUCAUCACGGAGCGGGGGGCCCUGCAGGAGGAGCUGGCGCGCAGCUUCUUCCGGCAGGUGCUGGAGGCCGUGCGGCACUGCCACAGCUGCGGGGUGCUGCACCGUGACAUCAAGGACGAGAACAUCCUCAUCGACCUCAGCCGCGGCGAGCUCAAGCUCAUCGACUUCGGCUCGGGCGCGCUGCUCAAGGACACGGUCUACACCGACUUCGACGGGACCCGGGUGUAUAGCCCUCCCGAGUGGAUCCGCUACCAUCGCUACCACGGCCGGUCGGCAGCCGUCUGGUCCCUGGGGAUCCUGCUCUACGACAUGGUGUGCGGGGAUAUUCCUUUCGAACACGACGAGGAGAUCAUCAGGGGCCAGGUCUUCUUCAGGCAGAGGGUCUCUUCAGAGUGUCAGCAUCUCAUCAGAUGGUGCUUGGCCCUGCGACCAUCGGAUCGGCCAUCCUUCGAAGAAAUCCAGAACCACCCGUGGAUGCAGGACGUCCUCCUGCCCCAGGAGACUGCUGAGAUCCACCUCCACAGCCUGUCGCCAGGGCCCAGCAAAUAGCAGCCUUCCCGGCCGGCCCGGCCCUGCCCUCCCCGGCAGAUGGCUGUGGGAGCGGAAGCGGCUGUCUCCAGCUUCCCGAUGACCAGUGACACUUCUCGCCAAGCUGGACAGUGCUUGGCGCAGGAACAACAUUGACAACUCAUUCCAGACCCCAGGCCCCUGGAGGCUGCCUCCCACCACGGAGGGGGGGGGGGGCGGGAAGAGACUGCACUCCAGGUGCCCUAGGCCUCAGUUCCUCCCGUAGAUGCUCUCUCCUUCUCAUAGGUGUCCAGCACCGCUGGGCUCGCAAAAACCCGGGGGUGGGGGGUGGGGGGUCGGAACCCUGCCGUGGAACUGUUCCCUUCAUCACGAGUUCUGCUGAAUGCCGCCAUGGGUCGUAGUGGGGAAACAGGUUGGGAUGGGAUAGGACUAGCACCAUUUUAAGUCCCUGUCACCUCUUCCGACUCUUCUGAGUGCCUUCUGUGGGGACUCCGGCUGUGCUGGGAGAAAUACUUGAACUUGCCUCUUUUACCUGCUGCUUCUCCAAAAAAAUCUGCCCGGGUUUUGGUUCCCUACGUGUCUCCCCUCCUCCCCCUCCCCCCUUCCUACGAAAGGUGCCAUGGAAGAGGCUACAGGGCCAAAACGCUGGGCCACCUGCCCUUUCUCUGCCUCCUUGAGUAAAACUGAGCGAACUGGU